AUGGCGUAUCCCAGAGGGUGGAUCUUGGCUCCGAGAGCCUCGACGCUGGCUCUGGUGCGUCGGAACCUGGAGGCUGGGCAUCACUACGGUUGCUCACCGCCCGUGGACGUGGUGGACAUCGGGCAGGUCAGAUUUCCGUUCAUCCCCGUGUACUUGAAUUACAUAAUGUUCGAGUUGUUGAAGAAUUCGCUGCGGGCUGUAACCGAGAGGUACGGCGGCGACCGCGCCAGGGUGGCGGAGCGCCCGGUGCGCGUGGUCGUCUGUGGCGACGAGAGCAUCGUUGUCGUCAGGAUCUCCGACUGCGGCGGAGCUUGUGCAAGCUGUGAUGGAGUACUGGGCAUCUUCAAGGGCCUCAUGUGCCGCAUGGCCACCGCAUGUCAGCACGUAGACGCCACCCUCGGCUAUCCAGAGGGGCGUGGCACCAGAAGGCCUGCGCGGGCCCGAGCACGCCCCUGA